UCGAUAUUUUGGGUUCAUCGAUGUUUUUCCGACAUCACUAUUUACGCCAAGAAAUUUCAAGUUUUUUAUGAGGCGCUGGGUGUUUAGUUUUAUCUUGUUUUAAAAGUCGAGUUUAAGACACAAUAAGUAUGGCUGCAGCAACACAGCAAAGACAGCAUUGUGGAGAAGUUUUUAUAACGAAUAACUACCUCAUGAUGGUGGAGUGCAAAUUUUGUUGGCAGCAAUACACCGCUUAUGACAAGUUCCUGAACCAUAUCUUCGAUCAACAUUUCGACGAAGUUGAUAAAUUUAAUGAAACCCAAGAUGAAUUGACGGAAUAUGACGACGAAAAUAUACUAAACUCAUUGGAUACAGGUGAAGAUGACAUACAACAGAAAUGUAUUAACUUGUUGGCAGAAUCUAAAGAGGCCCUUACAACAAAUGAGGUAAGCGAAAGAGGACAUUCUUCUGAAGUUAACCAGUUCGGAGAUACUGACGAAUUCGAAGGUGCCUAUGUGUCAACAGAAAUAACUUUGUGCCCAUCUAAAAUAAAAAGCCGAAAGGAAACUACUCGGACUAAACGAAAUACAAAGCCUGUGCAAAACUCUGAUGCGGACCCGACUAGCUCCAAAUAUCGACCAGUUUUUAUUAAAUCUCGCACGUUUCGGGAGGGAGAAGAUAGAAAAUUUAAAUGCAGGAUAUGUGGCCACACAUUUGCUCAAAUUACAAUUUUGAGAAAGCAUGAAAAAAGACAUUCGACAAGCAAACCUUUUCCUUGCACCAAAUGCAAUAAACGAUUUUUCACACGCACUGAAUUGGAUACACAUAUUAGAUGGCACACCGGUGAGCGGCCGUUUGUGUGCACCUAUUGCGGGAGCAGUUUCAUAACUAAUGGCAGGUUAAAUAUUCACGAAAAACGUCAUCUGAAUGUCCGAAAUUACAAGUGUAAUGAAUGUGAUAAAUGCUUUUUUGAUGGUCGUCAGUUGCGUACACACGCUGUUGUACACACGAAGGAACGUAAUUAUGAAUGCGAAACAUGCCAGGCAAAGUUUUCUCGCAAGAUAACAUUGCAAACCCAUAUGAAAUUGCAUGAAAAUGCGUUACGUUAUGAAUGCGUCAUCUGCCAUAUGCGUUUCAAUCAACGGCCCAUGAUGUUAUGGCAUGUGAAGAGUAAACAUAAAUUGCUUCGUGUAGAUGCGAAAGCAAAUGCUGCAUAUGACUAACAUUAAUUUAAAAUAACCAGCUCGGGUCUAUUUAAACGGAAUGACGCAGGAUCGUAACAUUCGUGAACGAACAACUCGUUACGUAAAAAUGCAUAUUUCGGAUUAUUGCAUUCGUGAACGUACUGCUCGUCAUAAUUCGAUAAACGAGACGAGCAGUACGUUCACGAUUUUUAUAAUGCGAAAUAUGCAUUUUUACGCAAAAAGAAUAAAAAUACUUCUGUCGCUUCUCUCUGGCACCACAGGAAAAUUCUACUUAGUAAGGGUUAUAAGUAAACGUAAAACCAGUAACUAUUGGUUUUCAUGACAGCUGAUAAAUUUGUGGUUUAUUCGUAGAAAUUUCUUAAUAAAACAGUAUUUCAUGUCUUACUUUAUA